UAACAGUAAAAUGGAUAUCUGUCCUAUUUGCUUUGAAAGAAUAAAGAAUCCUCACUUCUGCAAUCCAUGUCGACACAUCUUUUGCUAUAGCUGUAUUUCCGCCUGGAGAAAUGGUACGUGUCCAUUGUGUCGAGAACAAAUCAUAUCGUACAACCGUGUCCAGCAAGGAUCUUCGACUGCUGCAGAAAAUACAAUAGACGCACCAAACUACGCCGAGAGAAGCAAAAUGUACGUUUUUAUCCUGAUCCUUGUCUUCAUUCUUGUCGACAUCCCGAGUCCAGCAGGAUUCUUGAGAUCCGUGGUAUACCCUCCAUGCCUUGACAUACUUCUUAUUAUAUGGGAAAUCUUGUACAUUGUGUUGGUAACCAUUUUUAUGCCACUGAAAAGUAUCUACAGGUUAAUUGUUGAGAUUGUGAUCUUUGAACUAUAUGACAUUUUAUUGGCUAUAUGUUACAUGCCAUUGGGUAUCGGUAGAAUCCUCAUGAACUUUCCUUUCAAUUUCUACGAGGGUUUGAAGACGUACUUUUUUGAUAACAGUUGGUCGGCCUUAUUUCAUAGAACAGUCCAUCUUUUACUGGUUAUUUUGCUGAUAGAUUCUGCUGAACAAACUAUUUGGUUACGGGCAUUUGAAAGGAUUCAAUUUAAAGCCAGAUUCUGUAGAGUGUAUAACAACAUUCUUGGACGUAUAGAACGAAUGAAAGGAAACCCCUGACUACUGCAUUCAUAGACAUAAUUACAUCCUUCGGAUGUGCGCAUACAUGUAUACAUGUGUGCAUACAUGUUUACAUGUAACCCAAAAUUCGCUAGAAAAGCCUUGUAAUUAUAUGUACCUAGAAAAAAACAC